AGAUCAUCCAUCGGCGAGUGAGACGGCAGCUCCCCGUCGGCAAUUCCUUCCACCGGCGCCGACUAUUCACCCUCAGAUCUCUCAAUCUCUGUAACAUUUUGGUGGAAAUUCUGCCAUGGCGGAGCAUUUGGCUUCAAUUUUUGGUACUGAGAAGGACAGAGUGAAUUGCCCAUUCUACUUCAAGAUUGGCGCUUGCCGUCAUGGUGACCGGUGCUCUCGUCUUCACAACCGUCCUACCAUCUCCCCAACACUCCUUCUUUCCAACAUGUACCAAAGGCCUGACAUGAUAACCCCUGGUGUUGAUGCUCAGGGCCAACCGCUUGACCCGCGUAAGAUCCAAGAGCACUUUGAGGAUUUCUUUGAAGAUCUUUUUGAGGAACUCGGAAAGUUUGGCGAGAUAGAAAGCCUCAACAUUUGUGACAACCUUGCUGACCACAUGAUUGGCAACGUAUAUGUUCAGUUUAAGGAAGAGGAUCAGGCUGCAGCUGCUUUGCAGGCUCUGCAAGGUAGGUUUUAUUCAGGACGUCCCAUCAUUGCGGAUUUCUCUCCUGUGACGGAUUUCCGCGAAGCCACGUGUAGGCAGUAUGAAGAAAACAACUGCAACCGUGGUGGGUAUUGUAAUUUCAUGCAUGUGAAGCUUGUUUCGAGGGAACUAAGGAGAAAACUCUUUGGGAGAUAUCGGCGGUCAUACCGCAGGGGAAGCAGAAGCAGGAGCAGGAGCAGAAGCAUUAGCCCCAGGAACAAGAGAGAGUAUGACCGACGUGAUCCUCCUCACAGGGAAUUCAGUCACAGGGACAGAGAUCGCGAGUUUUACCGUCAUGGAAGCGGGAAAAGGAGCAGUGAGAGGUCGGAGAGGCAAGAAAGGGAUGGAUCAAGGGGUAGGAGACAAGCAAGCCCUAAACGAGGAGGGAGCCCGGUUGGUGGGAGAGAAGGAAGUGAGGAGAGGAGGGCAAGGAUUGAGCAAUGGAACAGAGAACGGGAGGAGAAGGAAGAGGGAGGAGCAUAAAACAGUUGUUUACUCAAGAUCAUAAUUGCUGCUAUGUGGUUUCUGCGUCUGCUUCUCUGCGUUUACUGGUGAUGGAUUUUUCAUUUGGCUGUUCUAAUUUGGAACUUGAAAUGAGUGGAAUCAACUCCUUUAGAUUAUAAAAUGUUUGGGGUUAC